AUGGACCGAUUCACAGACACACUGGCGCAGGAGGACCACCAAAACGGGUCAUACGCGAGCAACCACGGCCAUGGAUUCUACCGUCUCCAGUCAAAUGCCAGCAACCCCAGCAUCUUCGAAGAUGUGGAGAUGGCGCAUGACGAGCUCUACUCGGGCCCCAUGGCCGAGUCCCUCCCAACAAGUGUCUCAGCCUUCAGCCACCGUCGCGGCCGUGCCGACUCGACCAGGAGCUUCUCGUUCUACCAAGACGAUGAGGAGGAUGAGGGCGAGAACGAAAUCGAAGACCGAGACGAAGAUAUUCGGUCUGUGUCCGAGUUUGGGGGGUCCGUAGCUCUGGGGCGUGGGCGUAUUCCGGUGCACGACGAUGAAGAGGGGAUAUCGUUUGACGACGAUGUGUUGGACGAGGAGGACUCAGCAGACCUCGAGCGGCAGGCCGCCGAUAACGACUACGUCCUCCACCGAAGGUCUUCUACACAGUCUAGAGACUCUGUUCGCAGCAGGCUUCUGCGGCACGACAGUGGAUUGUCGGGCAGUUCGCACGGGAUCGGCCGCAACAGCCAAAAGGUCUACAUGGCCAACGAGGACAUGUACAUUGCCAUUGCUGGAUUUCGCACAAGCCUUGUAGGCCUCGCCGCCUAUUCUUUCAUAUGCUUUACCACUCUUGGACUUGGCUGGCUCCUGUUUCGCUGGCUGCCUCGGUGGCACGUCAGAUUAAUAGGGAAGCCGACGUCCCUACGCGACUGUCAGUGGGUUGUAGUUGAGAACCAAUGGAACGAAAUGGCGAUCCUAGAAGUCGAGUCCAGACCGUACGGCAGGCCGCUCACGUCCGUGUUCGGGUCUCCUGGGAAGCUGGACUCGUAUUUGAUGGACGAGGAUAACGACCCCAUUCUUAGAGAUCUGCGAAUGCUUAACUACCGCUACGUGCGCUUCUACUUCCACCCUCUCAAGGACAAGUUCCUUUUGUGCAAUGGAUGGAAAGAUCCCCUCUGGUCUAAUGUGCGAGAGAUCCGCGUCGGCCUCGACAGCGAUGAGAAAAGCCACCGCGAUGUUGUCUUCGGCAGCAAUCUUGUCGACAUUGAGCAAAAAUCAACCUUCCGCCUAUUGGUUGACGAAGUAUUCCACCCAUUUUACGUCUUUCAGAUCGCCAGUCUGAUUCUAUGGUCCAUGGACUCCUACUUUUACUACGCUGCUGCUAUUUUUGUUAUGUCAGUGGGCAGCAUCAUAACAACCUUGGUUGAAACACGAUCAUCUAUGAGACGGCUCCGUGAGAUAUCUAAGUUUGUAUGCGACGUAAGAGUUCUUCGGAACGGAUUUUGGCGCUAUGUCUCCUCGGGUGAUCUCGUCCCUGGCGACGUAUACGAAGUUAGCGAUCCAAGUCUUGGCCAGUUUCCUGCUGACAGCCUUCUGCUCAGUGGCGACUGCAUUGUUAAUGAAAGCAUGCUUACUGGAGAAUCUGUGCCCGUGUCCAAAACACCGGCCACUGAUGAGACGCUUCGUAACUUGGAUCUCUCCGCAUCGGCGGAGCUGCCUGAGGUCGCCAAACAUUUCUUAUUUUGCGGCACAAAGAUUAUCCGCGCUCGACGACCCCAGGACUCGCCUGACGAAGAAGCCGUCGGGCUUGCUAUGGUUGUAAGGACCGGCUUCAACACUACCAAAGGUGCCCUUGUCCGCUCAAUGCUCUUCCCCAAGCCGUCGGGGUUCAAAUUCUACAGAGACUCGUUUCGAUACAUCUCGGUGAUGGCAUGCGUGGCGUUGGUUGGGUUUAUGGCGUCUUUUGUCAAUUUCAUCAGGCUCCGGCUCGAGUGGCAUUUGAUUGUUGUGCGGGCACUUGAUCUCAUCACCAUUGUGGUGCCGCCGGCAUUGCCAGCGACUCUCACAAUUGGCACAAGCUUUGCCCUUAGCCGUUUGAAGGCGAAGAGGAUAUUCUGCAUCAGUCCUCAGAGAGUGAACGUGGGCGGCAAGCUUGACAUUAUGUGCUUCGACAAGACUGGAACUCUUACCGAGGAAGGCCUUGAUAUUCUCGGCGUUCGCGUGGUCUCGCGGUCGACCAACCGAUUUAGCGACACGUUGAGCAGCCCAGACGUACUCGUCCCUAACCAAAAUCACGGAUCAGGUAUCGAGGACUCGGGUGAUACCCUGAAGGCUGCGCUCUACACCAUGGCAACAUGCCACUCUCUCCGGUCAGUUGAUGACGAGCUUGUCGGAGAUCCCAUGGACCUCAAAAUGUUCGAGUUCACGCGGUGGACGUUUGAGGAAGGAAACAUAGGUGGAGGCAACAACGAGGAUGAAGAGCAGGGAACUCUGCAUCCUGCCAUCGCCAGACCCCCGUCUGGGGCAAAGGACGGCGCAAAUGGCUCCCAGCCGAUUGCCGGACACACGCCCUUUGAACUAGGGGUUCUCAAGUCCUUCGAAUUCGUGUCCCAACUUCGUCGGGCAAGCGUCAUUGUCAGGACAUUUGGUCGGCAGAGUGGAGAUAUUUUCGUGAAGGGUGCUCCGGAGUGCAUGAGAGACAUCUGCAGGCCCGAGACGUUCCCCACCGACUACGAAGAGCUCCUUGCACAUUACACCCAUAAGGGAUACCGAGUAAUCGGAUGUGCAACCAAACACGUCAAGAAGCUCAGCUGGGUAAAGGCCCAAAAGAUGAAGCGCGACGACGUUGAAUCCGGCCUGGACUUUGUCGGCUUCAUCAUUUUCGAGAAUAAACUGAAGCCCGCCACGGCCCCGGUGUUGAGAGAGCUCCUCGAGUCUAACAUCCAAGCCGUGAUGGUGACCGGAGACAACAUCCUGACUGCUAUCAGCGUUGCCAGAGAAUGCAGCCUCAUCAAUAAGACAGCCCACUGCUUUGUUCCUCGUUUUGUCGCUGGCAACCUGAGGGACCCUAACGCCGAGCUUGUGUGGGAGAGCAUCGACAACCAGGUCUACCAGCUGGACGGGAAGACGCUACUGCCUCUGCCGGCUCCAGCAGAGGGGGAUGCAUCUCUCCCGUACGACAUUUCUAACCUGCGCAACUACUCCCUGGCCGUCAGCGGCGACGUGUUUCGGUGGGUGGUAGACUUUGCGUCCCCCGAGGUGAUGCGGAGGAUGCUGGUGACGGGCAAGGUAUUUGCGCGCAUGUCUCCAGACGAGAAACACGAGCUGGUCGAGAAGCUCCAGAGCAUCGAUUACUGCUGCGGCUUCUGCGGGGAUGGCGCAAACGACUGCGGCGCUCUCAAGGCGGCUGACGUGGGCAUCUCGCUGUCGGAGGCUGAGGCUUCAGUGGCGGCUCCCUUCACGUCCCGAGUCUUUGACAUUCGCUGCGUGCCCGAGGUGAUUCGCGAGGGGCGAGCGUCACUGGCUACAAGCUUCAGCUGCUUCAAGUAUAUGAGCUUGUACUCGGCCAUCCAGUUCACCUCGGUUAGCUUCCUGUACGCAUCGGCAUCCAACCUCGGCGACUUCCAGUUCCUGUUCAUCGACCUCGCCCUAAUCUUACCAAUCGCCAUCUUCAUGAGCUGGGCCGGCCCGUUUCCUGAGCUGUGCCGAAAGAGGCCUAUGGCCGAUCUCGUCUCACGCAAGGUCCUUACACCGCUACUGGGCCAUGUAUGCAUCUGCAUCUUGAUCCAAGCCAUGGUAUUUUUGUCCGUACGGCAGCAGCCCUGGUUCAUGCCUCCUCAUGUCGACCCGGAAAAAUCCAACAUUGAGAAUUCAGAGAACACGGUGCUCUUCCUGACAUCAUGUUUCGAAUAUAUAUCAGCAGGAAUAGUGCUCAACGCCGGUCGCCCUUUUAGGCAAGGCGCAUUGCAAAAUUGGCCUUUCGUUGCCACGAUCACCAUCACCCUUCUCGUUACCGUUGUCAUGGUUUCCGGCACAGUCCCUUUCCUAGAGAGUCUGAUGCAGCUUACUUAUAUCAGCUGGGACUUCAAGUUCUUCAUUGUCGUUCUCGGUGUAUCCUAUCUCGGCCUGGCAUAUAUUGGAGAGCACUACGUCUUCCAGCGGCUAGCACGUCUGAUCGGCCACGCCAAGCAGUCUUUCACCAAGCAGUCCAAAAACAGGAAGCAGCACAAGGUCAUUCGAGAGCAAAUGUUGUUUUAA